AUGCUGUCUGCACUGUUCGGCGUAGCACUCGUUUUCUUCGUAACACCCAGUCUGGCACUGGACUAUACCCUGGUCCAAGUCGAGCAUCUCAGAUCCGCACCAUCGCCGUGGGCGAUCUCCCGUCCAGCCGACCCAGGACAACGGUUCCAGCUGUCGAUCGCCCUUGACCGGAGCAGACAUGUCGAGGACAAGCUCUACGCCGUGUCCACGCCUGGCCAUGAGAGCUACCGCAAGCAUCUCACCAGGGCUGAGGCUCAGGCUAUGCUGAGCCCCGAUAGCGAGACGGCUGCGAAGGUGAAGGCUUGGCUCGUGGGCAACGAUAUCGAUCCUUCUGAUAUCAGGGACGACAAGCACUGGAUUCGGGUGACAGCCACUGUAGAGAAGGCCAAUCGCAUGCUGGACUCCGACUUUGCCUGGUACAAACAUAUGGGUAGUGGCAAAGAGGUGCUGAGGACGCUGAGAUACUCUCUUCCGCAAGAGAUGCGAUCCGAUAUCUCGCUCAUCACCCCUACCACUCGCUUCUGUUCGCACCCGAUGAUGCACCAGCCCAUGACACCCCAAGCCUCUGAGGAUGCGACCGACACUCUGCCUCCUGAUGAACUUCGCAGGCUCAAGACGAGAGGCUUUGCCGGCACGAAACAGCGCGUGGCCCAAUUGGAAGCUGCCGCUCAGGUCGACCCAUCAUGUAACACCACAAUCACACCCGCCUGCGUGCGUGCUCUGUACAAUAUGCCGUCGAACCUGACGGUCAGCAAGGCACGAGGUCUGGGCGUGUACGCCUCCCAGAACCAGGUCCCCAAGUUCGCCGACUUCGCGCUCUUUGUGAAAAAUGUCGACCCGACCUCACCGCCGACCAACUUCUCGUUCCUGAGCAUUAACAACGCGACCACCGACCAGAACCAGAACCAGGACAGCAACCAGGAGCUCCAGUUCGACGUCCAAUACACAGCCACGCUGUCCAGCCCCGUGCCCAACAUCGUGACGGCCGUGACGGGCGACGGGCCCAUCCAGCCGGAGCUGGGCAACGUGCCGGGGGACUCGACGGAGCCAUGGCUCAUCUGGCUGGACGCCAUGCUCGCCCUGCCCGACGACCAGCUGCCCCACACCAUCACGACCUCGUUCGGCGAGAACGAGCAGUCCCUGCCCGACGGGUACGUGCAGCAGAUCUGCAACCAGUUCGGCGCGCUGGGCGCCAGGGGCGUCACCAUGUUCGCCGCGAGCGGCGACAGCGGGCCGGGCAACGCGUGCGUGUCCAACGACGGCAAGAACAGCACCAAGUUCGACGCCGUCUUCCCCGGCACCUGCCCCUUCGUGACCGCCGUCGGCGGCACGCGCGGGACCAACCCCGAGCGAGCCCUGUCCUUCUCGUCCGGGGGCUUCUCGGAGCGCUUCGCCAGGCCCGCGUACCAGGACCAGGCCGUCCCGGCGUACCUGAACGGCACCAUCGGGAACCAGUUCCAGGGCCUCUUCAACCCCUCCGGCCGCGGGUUCCCCGACGUCAGCGCGCAGAGCUUCAACGCAACCUUUGCUGACCAGGGGGCCGUCCUGGUCGGGUUUGCUGGUACAAGCUGA